AUUUAUGUAGAGCUGCGUAGAGAUAUUGAAGAACCUCCCAAAAGGAUCUGUAACCUACCUGCAAUUCUGCACUUUAUUUCAUUUCAUGCAGAGCUGCUUAUGGCCGAUAUUUCUCGUCGCCUACAUCCUCCCCCUAGCGGUUCGCUGAUCGAACCUUUGCGAUACACUAGCUAGCUGGGAAGGCAGCGAGGGGAUCGUUUCUUACAGAAACUACCGAAACACCCAUCUUUCUCAUCCGUCCGCUCCGCUCUUAACAGAAACAAUUGAGAAAGUUAAAUCCAGGAUUUAUCGCGAAGCGGCUUCUUUUUUGGAUUUACGGGAUCACAGGAUUUAUGGAUGCCUUUUUUAGCGGUUUGGCAGGAUUUAGCUUAAAUACUGCGUAAAUCCUGCUUAAAGCCGGCUACCAAACAGUCCCCAAUGGAGUAGUUGCCUUCCCUUCGUCGGCCUUGUCAUGGAUAAAUUGGUCUCAGAGUCCGCACUAUCCAAUUUCUUUCCCGAGGCGAGGCUAAUCUGCCGCGUUUGCCAGAAGCAAUUCUCUCAGUAUACUUGCCCUCGAUGCAACACUCGGUAUUGCUCUCUUGAAUGUUACAAGCGGCAUAGUCUUCGAUGCACAGAAUCUUUCAUGCGGGAGAAUGUUAUCGAGGAGCUGCACCAAAUACAGUGCUGCGAUGAAACAAGAAGAAAAAUGCAGGAAAUACUUCGAAGAGUUCACUCAGAGGAUGAUAAGGAUUCUGACGGUGAAGAUGGUUCCAUACUAUCAGAGGAGACAGUUACAAAAUUCUUAUCAGGAGGUGAACUCAAACUCAAUGAUCUAUCCCCCGGCGAAAUUAAGAAAUUUCAGAGAGCAGUAGCAAAUGGUGAGAUGAGCAAAUUGAUAGAGCCAUGGCAUCCUUGGUGGACGAAACCUUCUGCAGCUUCAAUCUCUCUUGGUCCCAAUGGAAACCAGCUUGUCAAGCAAGUUGAAGAAGAAGAAAACCUUGAAGGUCCUUUAGGCACAUCAGAGUUCAGCAUCAGCGAGAUACCUGCUGGGCCUGAAAAUCCUUUACCACCACUUCAUCAAUUGAGCCGCACAGAGCCAUCUCCUCUUCUAUCAGUGCAUUUGAUUGAUAUUAUUUAUAGCUACUGCUUCACCCUUCGACUCUACAAUGGCGAUUGGCACUUCGACCCUUUAGGUGCGGCCACGGUAGUACUAACCUUAUCAUCGGUCCUUGGCUGCGACGGCCGACCAGAAACUGUUUCCGAAGCAUUGGCUGCUUGCAUGGAGCAGACCUGCUCACCUGCUCUCUCACAUGCAGGAGGCUUCAACUUUGGACUGAUGCUCAUUGAUGAUGCCAUUUGUCUGCUUUCUUUAGGCGCAAAUGCUAUCAUUUGUUCGCUC